AUGGCUGAUACUUCAAAUGCGGGCCAGGGAGAAUUCCCCAUCCCUAUCACAGUCGAGUUUACGUACGUCAAAUCUUUCCUUCAACUUGACCAGCCUUCGCUGAUAAUUGAUCUCGAUAGCGGCGGUUUAGAAUUGCUAUUCGGGAAUGAGCGCAAGCAUAAGGUCGUUUUGCCUGCUCGUUUAGAGGACGGCAGUAGGCCAAACAUCUCAUACCUGCUUAAAUACCUCGUGGACAACCUCAUGAAGGAUCAGAGAGUAGACAUGUUCAUCAUGGAGGACAAUGUGUAUGUCGACAUAACUUUACAGCUUUAUUCAAACAAUAUUAAUGAUUUCGAUAGACGACCAGGCAUUCUCGUCCUCAUCAACGAUGCCGAUUGGGAACUCGAAGGCGAAGAGACAUAUGAACUUCAACAAGGAGAUAACAUUGUUUUUGUCUCAACUUUGCAUGGCGGUUAA